ACGGCUCUCAUCCUGGGCUCUGGGCUGCUCCUGUCUGUAGCCUUCUGGAACUCAGUCACAUGGCAUCUUCAGAGAUUUUGGGGUGCUUCUGGCUACUUUUGGCAGACCCAGUGGGAGAAACUGCUGUCUACAUUUGAAGGCAACGAGUCGAUCCUGUUCAUUAUAGGUACUGCCCUCGUGCCUGGGCUAUGCUUCUGGGGUUUCAAUGGCCUUCUACUGGUGGUGGACACAACAGGGAAACCCAACUUCAUCUCCCGCUACCGCAUCCAACUGGGCAAGAAUGAACCAGUGGACCCCGUGAAGCUGCGCCAGUCUAUCCCCACAGUUCUUUUCAACCAGACCAUGAUCUCUCUUCCCAUGUUGGUCAUCUUCUAUCCUUUCUUCAAGUGGAGGGGAGACCCCUGCUGCCAAGAGCUACCCACCUUCCACUGGUUCCUUGUGGAGCUGGCUCUAUUCACCCUCGUGGAGGAGAUCUUGUUCUACUAUUCACACCGGCUCCUUCAUCACCCGACGUUGUACAAGAAAAUUCACAAAAAACAUCACGAAUGGACAGCACCCAUUGGUGUGAUCUCAAUCUAUGCCCAUCCGAUAGAACACGUGGUUUCCAACAUGUUGCCAGUUCUGGUGGGUCCUCUAGCAAUGGGCUCUCAUCUGUCCUCCAUCACCGUGUGGCUGUCCCUCGCUCUUAUCAUCACCACUAUCUCCCACUGUGGCUACCACCUGCCCUUCUUGCCUUCACCUGAGUUCCACGACUACCACCAUCUCAAGUUCAACCAGUGCUACGGGGUUCUGGGUGUGUUGGAUCACCUGCAUGGGACUGACAUCAUGUUUAAGCAGACGAAGGCCUAUGAGAGACAUGUGCUCCUGCUGGGCUUCACUCCACUUUCAGAGAGCAUCCCUGAUCCUCCAAAGAAGAUGGAGAGUCCACUUGGACCAUCUGGACUGUUCCCUCACAAGUAGGGGGUGUGGAUACUGCCUAGGGGCCAUGUUGCCCUUAACAACUUGGCCACCACACUCUAAAGACUAUACCAUCAGGGUAAAGGGAAUGCAAGAUUCCUGCCAGGAAAAGGCCAUGAUAGGAUCUGGGCUUCCACCAAAACUACUUAUGUUAGGACCAGGAGUCAACUCAGAGAAAAAGAACUAGCUAUUUGGGCUGAAGGACAAAGGAGAAAAAUCACUUGAGAGCCUGGAGGAAUCUCUUGGUUCUCUGAUACAAUCCUCAUAUAGAUAGCUCCCCCGUGGCCUAGUUGGCAUAGGGUGACGACAGUGGGACUGGAGGCUUCCAGGCUCCAAAAACCUUUCUCACACACAAAACCAGGGGUAGUCACAGGCCAGAUGUGUUGACAUGCUAGACGCACUCCCUGCUUCCCAUCAAGAAAGCCUGGAUUACUUUUGCCCUCCCAAGAUACAAAUCUCUCAGAAGGCUGCCACCAUUACCAAUUCACUAAAUCUCAGCACAAUUGUGCUGAUCUGACAUUUUCAGUUCAAGGUUAGUCAAGGCUCCCUAUUGUUGCUUAAUUAGAAUAUUUUUCAAACACAGUUCACUACAGCAGUUUGCACUGUAGUCCCAACUGCUUAGCUUAGACAGAGGAAAAUAUCAAUGUCAAGCCAGUUCUCCAGAACAGGGCUUCAUCCUGUGGCACUGAGGCCAACGCAAGACUGGGCCAGCUGGCAACUGAGCAUUUUUGCAGUGAGUCCCAGCCUUGGCAACCUGUGUCCCUCCCUUAAAUAUCAACCCACUCCCCCACGCUACCCCCAUUGCCAGAUGGCAGCCAUCCCCUUCCUCAUAUGAGCAACUGAAAUGCAGUAACAUCAAAAGGGGCAGGGUCAAGAAGUUAAAAAUGGAGAUUAUGAGGUACAUGUUAAGGGUACAUGGCCUGUCCCCAUAAGGCCCUAAUAUUGGUGAAUAAAAGGUCUUAAAUUCUUCAUAAAAACAUGACAAAGGAGGAGCAUGUAAAUAAAGUCUCUAUUUAACUCUA